AUGAGCACUGACCCGUCACCCCCGGCGACCCACGGACCCGUCACCCCUGGCGACCACCAACUGGUGACCCCCGGCGACCCAUGGACCUGUCACCCCCGACCCAAAGGGCUGAACGGUCUCCUGCCCUGCUGUGCAGCGACCACCACCGCCUCCCUGCGCCCGCCUAAUGGCGACGCCCUGUACCCAGAGCGCCCUGCGCCUCGGAAAGCGCCCUGCCCGGCCCGGCCCGGCGCUGCGCAUGCGCAUGCACCCCCCGCCGCCACGGCGGGAGCGGCGAGCUCCCCACCACCCGCUGCCGCGCAUGCGCACAGCGGGGGAGCCGGGGGCGGUCGGCGCGCCUGCGCAGUGGGCUCCAAGUCCGCUAACGGUCGACGGAGCGCCGGGGGAGGGGAGAGAGCGACGUUCAACAUCAUCCCUUCAGAAUUAACAAGCUUUAAAACCUGGGCCCCUGUGCCUCCCUCUGCAACUGGAUCCUCGACUUCCUCAUCGGGAGACCACAGUCAGUGCGGAUCGGGAAUAACCCCUGACAGUCAACACAGGCGCACCUCAAGGAUGCGUGCUUGGCCCACUGCUCUGCUCUCUCUACACUCAUGACUGUGUGGCUGGGCACAGCUCAAACACCAUCUAUAAAUCCGCCGGUGACACCACCAUUGUUGGCAGAAUCUCAGAUGGUGACGAGGAGGUGAACAGGAGUGAGGCAGAUCGGCUGGUUGAGAGGUGUCACAACAACAACCUCGCGCUCAGCAUCAGCAAGACCGAGGGACUGACUGUGGACGUCAGGAAGGGGACGUCAGGAGAACACACACCGGUCCUCACUGAGGGUCAGCGGUGGGAAGGGGGAGCAGCUUCAAGUUCCUGGGCGUCAACAUCUCAGAGGAUCUGUCCCGGGGCCAACACAUUGAUGCAUCAGAUUUCUGAAAGUCUAUGAAGCCAUGAACCUUUUUUUGUGCCAUUUAUUUAUGCCUUUGCACUGUACGGCUGCUGCAAAAUAACAAAUUCCACAACAUAUAAGUCAGUGAUAAUAAACCUGAUUCUGAUUCUUGUGAAUGUUGCUUAUCUGAUGUGCUACAGGUAAGUUUUUCAUCGUACCUGUGCACACAUGGACUUGUGUGUCUGACAAGAAGCUCGACUUUGACUUUAGAACAUAGAACAAUGCAGCACAGGAACAGCCUACUAAACUAGUCCCUUCUGUCGAUCGCCGUACAGACCCAGGGUAUAAAUGUCUUCAAAGUUAGCUCUUUGGAGCAGCAGCACAGUAGUGUAGCGGUUAGCGUAACACUAUUACAGCACCAGCGAUCCGGGUUCAAUUCCUGCUGCUGUCUGUGAGGAGUUUGUACGUUCUCCCCGUGUCUGCGUGGGUUUCCUCCGGGUGCGGGUUAGGAAGUUGUGGGUGUGCUAUGUUGGCGCCGGAAGCAUGGUGACACUUGCGGGCUGCCCCCAGAGCACUCUACGCAAAGGGUGCAUUUCACUGUGUGUUUCGAUGUACGUGUGACUAAUAAAGAUAUUGUACUAGGGAACCGUUCAAUAGUCUUAUAACAGCGGGGUAGAAGCUGACCUUGAGCCUGGGGGGACGUGCUUUCAGGCUGUUGUAUCUUCUGCCCGAUGGGAGGGGGGAGAAGAGAGAAUGUCCCGGGUGGGUGGGGUCUGUGAUUAUGUCGGCUGCUUCACCAGGACAACGAGAGGUAAAGACAGAGUCCAA